AUGCCUAACAUCAAAGUGUUCAGCGGGAGCUCCCACCCAGACCUGGCGCAGAAGAUCGUGGAUCGCUUGGGAAUCGAUCUAGGAAAGGUAGUAACCAAGAAGUUUAGCAACAUGGAAACAUGCGUGGAAAUUGGUGAAUCCGUACGUGGCGAGGAUGUUUAUAUUGUGCAGAGUGGUAGCGGUGAGAUUAACGACAAUCUCAUGGAGCUAUUGAUCAUGAUCAACGCUUGUAAGAUUGCAUCUGCAUCUCGAGUGACAGCCGUGAUUCCGUGCUUCCCGUACGCGCGACAAGACAAAAAAGACAAGAGUCGAGCGCCGAUUACUGCAAAACUGGUUGCCAACAUCCUGUCAGUGUCUGGUGCCGACCACAUCAUCACAAUGGACCUCCAUGCGUCGCAAAUUCAAGGAUUCUUUGACAUUCCUGUGGAUAACCUCUUUGCUGAGCCUGCUGUUUUGAAGUGGAUCAAAGAAAAUAUUCCUGACUGGAAGACCAGUAUUGUGGUGUCACCUGAUGCUGGAGGAGCCAAGAGAGUCACAUCUAUUGCUGACAGGCUGAAUGUAGAGUUUGCUUUGAUUCACAAAGAGAGGAAAAAGGCAAAUGAGGUUGCUUCAAUGGUACUUGUUGGUGAUGUGAAGGACCGGACAGCCAUCCUGGUAGAUGACAUGGCAGACACUUGUGGAACAAUCUGCCAUGCUGCAGAGAAACUCAUAGAAGCUGGAGCCAUCAAGGUGUAUGCUAUACUCACUCAUGGUAUUUUCUCUGGACCUGCCAUCUCAAGGAUCAACAAUGCAUGUUUAGAAGCUGUUGUAGUCACAAACACAAUCCCGCAAGAGAGGCACAUGCAGGAGUGUCCCAAAAUCCAGUGUAUUGAUGUGUCUAUGAUGCUUGCGGAGGCUGUGAGACGUACACACAACGGAGAGUCUGUAUCCUACCUAUUUUCUAAUGUUCCAUAUUAG